UUAUCGAAUAUAUUUAUUCUGUUGCAGAACGUGACUGAAAUAUUUGUAAAUUUAUGUGAAGAAAUCUAACGAAAAAUGAGUCAUAUUUUUUUUCCAGACCAUUUGUGGAUUAUAAUUUUUAAUAAAUUUGAAAAUCCAAUAAAAAUUCUUCGUCUUCGUGAGGUAUCUUCAAAACUUGAAGUUUUGAUCGAAGAAUAUUUCGAAGGUAAUAAAUUGUGGGAAAAAUUUUGUGAAGAUAAUAUUAAAUUAUGGGCAUAUCAAAUUAUGGAUAAAGUACGUCCGAAAAAAUUAACAAAUACCGUGAAGCAAAUAUCCAGUCAAGCAGAUUGGAAGGAAAUUUUUUUGCAUUACUGCAAGUGGAGGUCGCAGUCAACCUUCACGUCACUAGCACUCGAAGUUGAUUAUACUCUAAAAUUCAGCACUGAUGAACGAAUAACGUGCACUACUGUCUGGCGAGAUAUCGUAAUUGCCGGAACAAAUCAAGGCACAAUAUUUUUGUCUGACAUCGAAGAAGAUCCUACUAAUAUUGCUAUCGGGUUCAACAAUAAAAAUUAUAUAAAGGAAUUGAAAGUCUGGCGUAUUGAUGAAGUCAUCGCAGUGAUUGCUGUACUCUCUAGAAAUAAACGUUUGAAAUUUUUUAAUCUCACUACUCAAGGUGAGGAUCUAAUUGCUAUUGAAAAUCCUGGCAAGGGGCUUUUCAGAUUUUCAAAUCCCAAUCGCCACCACUUGUGCUCAACUUCAUUUAAAUAUUAUGCUACAAACAUAUGUGUAGGCCUCGACCAUCGUUUUUUUGCCGAAAAUAAGUUCCGUGUCACAGAAUAUAAAUUUAUUGAAAAUAAAAUACACUGUCGUAGAACUUGUGAUUUAUCUUCCACAAGUUCCUCUACGUCAUCUCGAAAAUUUCUUUCUAUGCACAGUGAAAAUAAUCUAUUAAUGGUAAUGAUAGAAGCCGAUGAUGUAAUACAAGUACUGGAAAUAAAUUUUUCAAAAGAAAUGGCCACGGAUCCCAAAUUGACGAACGUUGAAGUCAUUAAAAUUAUUGAUAUUUCUAAAUAUUCAAGUGUCAUGAUUUCCAUUAUACCCAUUAAAGAACUUGGGCUUAUUUUCUAUGGAAAUAAUAUAAUGGCUUAUCGCAGUACUCUAUCGAUUUCUAAGGAGUGGAAUGAUUUAGAAUUGACUAGCUUUGAAGACGAAAUUAUUACAUGUGCGUCAAUGCACGCGAAUUUGUUACUUCUGGGUUGGAAUUCAGGAUAUUUUAGUAAAAUCUAUUUAAAUAGCAUUGAAGAAUUCAGUCAUUUUAAUAACCCGCCGAAUGAAAAAAAUGACACGUUUAAAUUAGUCGAUGAGCCCAUUGUCGGCAUAAAUGUCACUGAGUUUCGUGGGGUUUCAUAUAUUGUUGUGUCCACUCAGACAACUCAAUAUUUUAUUGCUUACGAAGAUAAAUUUUAUGACAAUGGCUCCCGAAAAUUGGGCGAUAGUGAUCACGACUUGUCAGACGAUGAUGAUGAUUAUAUUGUUCCAACUAAACGACGUAAAUCUUCAUAAAAAAUAAUUUUUU